AUGGAUCGGACUAUUGAUGAGCUCAAAUACGCAGACUUCAUGGCGCUGAUGGAGUGCAGUGACUGCGAAGUACUAAUUGGUGAGGAGCAUCAGAAGGUUAUCAGUGAGAAGAUACAAGGGACGUAUGAAGCCGAAAAAGCUAACAGAAAUCUAAACCGCUAUGCAAAUGCGGUUUGCUUCGAUCACUCCAGAGUAAUUUUACCGACAGAGCGAAAUCGGGGGAACUACAUUAACGCCAAUUAUGUAGAUGGCUUCGAACGUAGCAAGAAGUUCAUCUGCGGACAAGCUCCAACCCGACGUACGUGUUACGAUUUCUAUCGUAUGUUGUGGAUGGAGCAUGUGCAAAUCGUUGUCAUGCUCUGCAAGAAGAAAGAAAAUGGCAGGGAAAAGUGUCACCCCUACUGGAGCGACGUGGAGCAAUCGUCGAUGAGGUUCGGGAAGUUCCGGGUCACUACUACUAGUGUAACGCGGUUGCCUCAUUACGUUAAGUCAACAAUUGUUUUGACAGAUGGAACCGAAGCCACCCAGACAGUGACACAUUACAACUUCAUUGCUUGGCCAGACCAUGAUGUGCCGAAGAAUACCUCGGAAUUUUUGAAUUUUGUUCUAGAGGUAAGGCAAUGUCAGAAAGAGUUGCAUGCAGAGUCGCUCCAGAUUGGCCACCAACGUUCCCAGCCGCCGCCAAUCGUUGUCCAUUGCAACGCUGGACUAGGAAGAACUCCGUGCUUUUGUGUUGUGGACAUCAGUAUUUCUAGGUUCGACGAAACAAAAACAGUUUCGAUAGGAUCAAUAGUGUCUAGUAUUCGUCAAGCAAGGUUCCAGAGUUUGUUCGACCCUUUUCAAUAUUUAUUUUGUUACAAAGCUGUGAAAAUGUACAUAGAGUCGACUCCCGUGAAAGUUGCUACAAGAGCGACUCCGAUCCAACAAGCUGUCUCGUUUUUAAGGAAUUUAGUUAGGUGA